GGUGGAGAGCGUCCACGUGCCCAGCGACUCAGUCUGCGCCUUGAAGCGCAUCAGCAAGAAAUUGCUAUCCAGUUCAUCUUGGAGAGCAGACGUGGAACGUUUGAGGGAACUGGACCAUCCGCACAUCUGCAAGACCUUGGACGCUUUUGAGGAUUCCACAAGUGUUUACUUGGUCAUGGAGAUGUGCCGGGGAGGCAAUCUCAACAACCUGGCUCGCAUGGGGAGUCGCAUCUUUACUGAAGCCCAUGUGGCGGUCCUUGUCUACCAGAUGGUACAGGCGGUUGCCUACUUGCACAACUUGGGAUUUGUACAUUGCGACAUCUGUCCAGAGAAUUGGCUUUUCGAAAAGGAUUUGAACGAGACCACUCCUCCAAACGAUUUGCGUUUGAAGAUGAUCGACUUCGGCCUGGCGCAGAAAUAUGCCCGGGAACCGCCGCGGAAACCCACGCGCUACAGCUACCCCAACGCUCCAGGC